AGGAAAUCAACCGCCGGUGAGUUGAGGUACAGUACAAGUACAAGUACAGUCUUCGAUCACAUGCAAAAACGUCACGGGUCCCUCCCUCAGUUUCUCUCUCUCUCUUUUCUCCUUCUCUUUCCCCCUUCGUCCCCCCAACAAGAAUCUGAAUCUCACCACUCAUCUCUGGCACUUGGCACCCUUCCCAUGCAAAUCUACUCCUGGACCAAGCAUGUGAACGCGUGCUCCGAACUGUCAGGCAACACCCGACCUGUUGCCCCGUUCCUGAAUCGGGUUCCUCCUUGCAUCCGGUCUACAACACGUGUCAUUACACUCAACCCCCGACAACAAUGUCCGAAAUGACCAACCCCAUCAUACGAACAGAGGAGUUAGAGAGGAGAAGCUUA